CCUUCAAUUAUGAGUAACAUGCUGAAUCCGGAUGCCAUUUUUUCAAACAAUGAAAUGAGCCUGUCAGACAUUGAAAUUUAUGGCUUUGACUACGACUACACCUUGGUCUUUUAUUCUAAACAUUUGCACACGCUGAUCUUCAAUGCUGCUCGAGAUCUUCUUAUUAAUGAGCAUCGGUAUCCUGCAGAAAUAAGAAAAUACGAUUAUGAUCCCAAUUUUGCAAUCAGAGGACUUCAUUAUGAUGUGCACCGGGCAUUACUAAUGAAGAUUGAUGCUUUUCAUUAUAUUCAGCUGGGAACAGUUUACAGAGGGCUCAGUGUUGUCCCAGAUGAUGAAGUCAUUGCAAUGUAUGAUGGUUCCCAUGUCCCUUUAGAACAAAUGAGUGAUUUCUAUGGAAAGAGCUCACAAGGAAAUACAAUGAAGCAAUUCAUGGAUAUAUUUUCCUUGCCAGAAAUGACACUCCUUUCUUGUGUGAAUGAAUAUUUUCUGAAAAACAACAUAGAUUAUGAGCCUGUUCAUCUGUACAAAGAUGUCAAGGAUUCAAUCAGGGAUGUCCACAUCAAAGGAAUAAUGUACAGAGCAAUUGAAGCAGACAUUGAGAAAUACAUCUGCUAUGCCGAACAAACCCGUGCAGUGUUGGCCAAGCUGGCUGAUCAUGGCAAAAAGAUGUUCCUCAUCACAAACAGUCCCAGCAGCUUCGUGGAUAAAGGCAUGAAGUUCAUAGUCGGCAAGGACUGGAGGGAUCUCUUUGAUGUGGUCAUCGUACAGGCUGAUAAGCCAAACUUUUUCAACGAUAAGCGAAGACCAUUUCGGAAGGUGAAUGAAAGGGGAGUGUUGCUUUGGGACAAAAUUCACAAGCUGCAGAAAGGUCAGAUUUACAAACAGGGUAACUUGUAUGAAUUUCUGAAGCUUACUGGCUGGAGGGGCUCUAAGGUUCUCUACUUUGGUGAUCACAUUUACAGUGACUUGGCAGAUUUGACCCUGAAGCAUGGCUGGCGCACUGGUGCAAUUAUUCCAGAGUUACGAUCAGAGAUUAAAAUAAUGAACACAGAGAAGUACAUUCAAACCAUGACCUGGCUGCAAACCUUGACGGGAUUACUGGAACACAUGCAGGUUCACCGUGAUCCCGAUUCACAAAUGAUUUUAGAAGAAUGGAAGAAGGAAAGAAAGGAGCUGAGGGAGAUGAACAGGAAUUUCUUCAACGCACAGUUUGGAAGCUUAUUCAGAACUGAUGAGAAUCCAACUUAUUUCCUAAGACGUCUCUCUAGAUUUGCGGAUAUCUACAUGGCAUCACUGAGUUGUCUCUUGAACUAUGAGCCUGAUUACACGUUUUAUCCAAGAAGGACUCCUUUGCAGCACGAACUUCCUGGCUGGUCAGACCAGCUGUGCACUGGUACAUUCAGAAUACCUUUCCUACAAGAGACAGUUCAAAUCAAAUAA